UUCUUCAUUCAUUCAUCGCUUGCUCUUUCUCUCUCUCACCAAACAAACAAGGGAGUUGCAGUUGUAGAUUUUCCUCAUUUUGAUUGAGAAAAGAGAAGAUGGGUUUUGAGAGAGGUGAUUUGGUAGCUAUUCUGUUAAUUUGUAUGGGGAUAGCAGCAAAGGGACAGCUUGUACCAGCACUGAUGGUGUUUGGAGACUCUAUAACUGAUGUGGGGAAUAACAACAAGCUGUAUACGGUUGUGAAGGCGAAUUUUCCACCAUACGGAAGGGAUUUUGAGGGACAUUCGGCUACUGGGAGGUUCUGCAAUGGAAAGCUGGCUACUGAUUUUACUGCUGAGAACUUGGGGUUCAGUGAAUAUCCAGCAGCAUACCUAAGCAAGGAAGCAACAGGAGAGAGGCUGUUGAUUGGUGCUAACUUCGCCUCUGCAGCUUCUGGUUAUUUCGAUAGGACGGCUCACUUAUAUCGGGCCAUCUCAUUAACGCAGCAGCUAGCGUACUACAGGGAGUACCAGACAAAGGUUGUGAGGAUUGCAGGGAACUCCAACGCGACGGACAUAUUCUCUGGUGCAAUCUACGUAUUGAGUGCUGGGAGCAGCGAUUUCGUCCAAAACUACUACAUCAACCCUCUCCUUUACAACACCCACACCCCUGACCAAUUCUCCGAUAUCCUCAUCCAAUCCUUCUCCUCUUUCGUCCAGAAUUUGUAUGCGUUGGGAGCGAGAAGGAUCGGAGUAACAUCACUGCCGCCCAUCGGAUGCUUGCCGGCAUCAAUCACUCUGUUCGGAACAGGAAACAAUCAGUGUGUGGCUAGGAUGAACGGCGAUGCAAUAGCAUUCAACAAGAAGAUGAACGAUGCUGCUAAAAGCUUGCAGUCGAGUCUGAAUGGACUCAAGCUCGUUGUCUUCGAUAUCUACAACCCACUCCUCGACCUCAUUAGGAAGCCUUCUGAUAGUGGCUUCUUCGAGUCUAGGAAGGGGUGCUGCGGAACAGGGACAAUAGAGACUUCGCUGUUGUGCAAUUCAAGGUCACCGGGGACAUGCAGGAAUGCGACUGAGUAUGUGUUUUGGGACAGCUUCCAUCCAACUGAGGCAACAAACAAGGUGUUGGCUGAUAGCCUCUUGGAACAGGGCAUCGGUCUCAUUUCUUAGGCAAUCCCACACUCAUCCAUCCUAAUCACGUUUGGACACAAAAAGCAUUGGCUGAUUAUCUAUCUUUAUCUCUCUUCUACCAUCAUAAGUAUUACUAUUCUUACACCUAAUAUAUAUAGUUUUU